AUGAAGUGUCUCAUACCGUUAUUACUGAUCCCGCGGUUAGUGGCUGGUCAUGUCCUGGAUUUAGACAGUCAGGGACUUUUGUUUCAGGGUCAACAAACAGGGUCGUCUGUGAAUGAUGAUCUGUUGUUGGUGGGUGUUGAUUUGUUACUGGAUCAUGAACUGGUGAAACGAGACCCGGCUUCUCCUGUAAAGACUCCUACUUCUACAGGAAGUGCAAGGCCGGCGGCAAGCUCAAGUAGCGUACCCAAGAAAAAACGUGUGCAUGUUCCACUGGACUCGGUGGUGUAUUACACUGCUAAUGUCUCUAUAGGAUCACCUCCUCAGAACUUCAGUCUUGUUCUGGAUACCACAGAUGGCGAUAUUUUGGUGUAUGGAAAUGACUUGGAUGUCUGUUCGGGUUCUCCGAACACUUGGUCGAACUGUGCUUUUGAUCAGACGUUUGAUCCGUCACAGUCUGAAACGUUCCUUCAAACCUCGAACAAACAAUAUUUUAAUUCUUCGCUGUUAGACAGUGAUAGAGUUAAUGGAUCCUACGGUGUGGAUAUUAUGGAAAUAGGCGGCAAGACUCUGAAUCAAGCUACUAUAGGUUUGUUAUCCAACAGUAGCAGUAUUGUUCCUGGUUCUCUAGGACUCGGAUUUACUGGAGGAACGGUAUCGAAAUUUCUCAGUACGUUACUCGAUCAGGAGAUGAUUUCGUCGCCAGUGUUUUCAUUGUUUCUCACAUCAGGUUGUUAUAACGAUGAAGAUGCAAACUCUUUUCAAGUGUCAAACGGUGCUCAAGGAUCGCUACUGCUGGGUGCUGUAGAUACCUCGCGGUAUAACGACCCUCUGUAUGUGAUUCCUAUGGUCCCAUUUUCUACUAACAGCACCAUCGACGGAAAAACCGACAAUAUGGGUGCAUAUAGGUAUCCAAGUAUACCACUAACUGGGUUGUAUGUGUCUAAUCAAGAACUUAAAGCCAACCUCACAUCAUCAGCAUUAAACAUUCCCGUGAUUCUCGACAGUUCGAACAUCAUGUCAUAUCUGCCCUAUGAGGUUAUUGUCAACAUUGCUACUCAGCUCAACGCGGCAUAUGUCGAAGAGUAUCGUAUCUGGGUACAGAGUUGUACCUUCCGUGAUGUACAGGGUGAGAUAAACUUCAGCUUCAACGGAGCUGUUGUCAGCAUACCAAUCAGUCGUACACUGACAGAGUUAUACGAUAAAGAAACCGGCAAGCCAUUCCAAAUAAACGGCGAUGAUAUAUGUGCUCUGAUGUUCUCGAGUUCUGAAGAUUCUGGAUAUAACGCACUAGGUGUUGGCGUUUUGACGUCCAUGUAUCUAGUGAUUGAUCUCGAACAGUAUGUUGUCGGCAUGGCUGAACCCGUUGAUUCGAUCAAUUCAUGUACAAUCAGUACCCCUUCCAGCAGCAUUGUCAGUUCAAGUUCGACUUCCUCCACUGGAACCGCUAUUAACACAUCAUCUCUCCCUGUCACAGCCACUCCUAAUCCCAAAAGAACUGGGUCUACUCCCCGGGGAUUAACACUCGAUGCUGAUUUGGACUCACUAUCUAGCGGCGAUGGCAAGAGAAUCAACAUUCAAACCAGUACUGCUGCCAUGAAAUUACCAUCUGCGACCGUCAUGACUCCAACUCCAACCGAAAGAUAUGCACAACCGCAACGUUCGAGGGAUGUAGGUGCUCCUACGAGAAGUAUCACCUCCAUGACCUUAAAAGUUCAAAGCACUGAAGAUGCCAGCGAUAGUAGAAGUUCUGGCGGUUCAUCCACUGAUAUCAAUACAUCCAGUAAUAUCAUGACUCAACUACGGUCUGAUAACAUCACCGUCAUCUCUGGAAACCUCACCGACCUUCCUGGUGCCACUUUUGUUCCCCCUUCUCUGGCACUGACUGCUGUAAUCUCACCUCCGUCAAGCAACUUCACUGCUCUGGGUGUAGCAUUCCCACUCAUGGCCAUCAGUGGCGCCCAGUCUGCCAUCAACUCGGUAUUCCCUUUUCUCUCUCAGACAUAUGGCACUCCACCACCUCCUCCAGGAGUCACCUUUUCAUUCCACUCUGCAACAACAACUGUCACUGGUGGCUCUAAUCCAGGCACUCUGACCGUGCUCGCCAAAGCUUCUGGUCUACGAGCUGCUUCUUGCACCUUCCUAGGAAUUUUCUGUACAUUAGUAUAUGUCACACUCUGUGGCUAA